AAUGUUCAGACCAUUGCAUACAAAGCGUCUUCUAAAUCCUUUCCUAAAGGCGACAUAAACGACAACGGGGAAAUAUCUUAUCCGAGGAGUGCUCUGACGAGUACAGAGUCAAUAACACAUGAAGACGAAAGAACUAAAUUAAUAAUUAAAACCCACCCACCGCAGGAUUUCGAAAAAGAAUUGAAUGAAACGUUAACCUGUUUUCACAAGGGAAUGAAAUAUCAUUAAUUAAUACAAAGCUCCGUGCCUCCCAACUUUUGCUGGAAAUAAGUGCGCUUGAGAAGUUCGAUAUGCCAGGCAUGCGGGCAGAGAAUUGACCAGGGUUUAUGUUAUAAUAUUUACCUACAUUCUCUUGCAAGGAAUACUUUUCUCUCGCUGUCUAAAUGUAAGCUUCUCAGCUAGUACUUUUGUGAAGCUGAACCUGCUUUGUUGAAGUCUUUGUAAGGGUGGCACAUGAGAAGAAAUGAAUAUUUUCAGAGCAAUUAUAGGUGCAAGGAAGGUGGAAAAUUUCACAUUCAUUUGUCCUACGGUCUGGGAUGGAUACGAUUUCUCACCAUGUUUUGAGAAUGUUUUUUUUGGAUUUGGGGCAAACAUUUUCACUUUAUUCCUUUUCCUUCUCAGUGUGGUGAUUAAACAGAAACAGGUUCAACAAAGAUCGUUUCACACUUACAAAAUCAAAUGGUUGAGUGUUAUACCUUGUUUUGGAAUCUCCUUUUCAUUUGUUGAUAUUUCCAUGCAUUUCACUACCAUUCUUCAAGGAGGACACUUCGAUUAUCAUGAAUGGCUUUUUCAAAGUUCACAACUUGUAACAUGGGUGGCAACUCUGUUUAUAAUGAUAUAUGAUAGCUGGUACAUUCUGACACAAAAUUGGGCUCUUUGUGUUUGGUGGUUUGUAAAGCCACUACUAGACUUCCCUAGGCUUCGAACCCAUUGCUCAUCAUCAGAGGGUUGGUCAUCCACAUGUUUCAAAGAAACUUGCUCUGUCAGCAUCGAAAUAACUUUUGGGUUAAUGAUCUUAAUCUUAUGGAUUAAGAAUUUAUCUGGCAUUUCAGUCAGCAGGGAAUCACAUUUUCUGAAAGAUCGUCUUAUAGUAUGUGAUGGAGAGGAAAACUCAAAGUUCAAUUCUCAUGAUACAAGCAUUUCAAGCAUAUGGAAUUCUUUAACAUUUCGUUGGGUUAGCCCUUUGAUGGAUCUUGGUUUAAAGAAACAAAUUAACUUUGAUGAUUUGUUCCAAUUGCCCCAUGAGUUGGAUCCUCUAGCUUGUCAUGAUGCAUUGAAGAAGUGUUGGACUGAUGAAGAAAGAAAAUCUGCUGACCAACCAUCUCUGUUUAGAGCUAUUUAUCACACAUAUGGCUGGCCGUACCUAUGGAUAGGAAUUUUGAAGGUGCUAAUUUUGAGUUUCUUCAGUGUUCUGUUCAAUCCUUAUCCAAUGGGGUCUUUUGCUGUUAUUAUUCAGCAACAAUAUAAUCUUUGUGCACACUAUUAG